GGUACACGGUACACACAGGAAGCCUUAACCACCGACACAUCGGUGCAAAGGCGGAGACUGAUUCUCGCACAGGGACACGCGCUGAGGGCCCGGUCUCGGGUGCAAUGGUGUGAACACUGUUUCUUCUGAGGCAGGUUCAGGAUGAAGUGUCCGCUGGCAUCCUUUGUGAGGGCCCAUUUACUGCUCUGUCUGGGACUACUGCGCUGCGGAGAAGCCAGAGUGCACACCGAGGUACAGGCUGGGCCUCUGUAUCGCGUGGCGGGCUCUCCGCUCUCCAUCUCCUGCAAUGUGAGUGGUUUUGUCAGUGAAACCACUACGAAAGACAUUGAAUUCCGCGUUGUGAAGCCGGCAAACCCAAAUCAUGAGAUCCACAUCAUCAGCACAAGGGACCUGAACUUCGCCUACGCCGGGUAUAGAAAGCGUGUGGAGAGGAAAGAGAUCACUCUGACACAUGUCACUCCAAACUCAAUCUUGUUUGAGAUACAGAGCCUUGAGAGAGGUGAUGAAGGGGAAUACCACUGUUCUGUAAUCAACUCAGAAUAUGCUUACGAUGGAACCUACAGCGCCAGUACCACAUUGAAAGUGAUUGACAACUCCCUCAGUGUUUCAUCACCUGCCUCCACCUCGCUGAGCUGUAAUGAGGGAGACGCUUUCACUUUGUCAUGCCAAGCCUCCGCCAACACCGUCCAGCACACCCAUCUGUCUCUUGCCUGGUACCUCCGUAGAGACGACGAGGACAGCGCUCACCCUAUCGUGUCUCUGGACAGAGACUUCUCACUUAACCCGGGCCCGGGGUUUGAAGACCGGCACCAGGCGGGACUCAUAAAGUUAGAUAAAUUGGGAGAGGCCACGUACAAGCUGACCAUAGCUCACCUGGAGGUAUCUGACCAAGGCAGGAUCUACUGCCAGGCCCAGGAGUGGAUCCAAGAUCCUGACCGCUCUUGGUACACCAUCGCUCAAAAGGAUGGGGAGGAAACUACCCUGAAGGUUAAAGCCACAGAGGUGUUGCCAGACACGUCGUCCAUGGAGGUGGUUAUCUCGGCAAAGCCGGAAAUUCUGCAGGACGGGCAGGAGCUCUCACUGUUCUGCCACGUGGAGUCUCACGACCUGCAGCAAAGGUUCAUCUCUGUAGCCUGGCUCAGGGGAAAUGUGGAGUUGGCCCGCAUUGGCCCGACGGGCAUUCUGUCCGUCGGGCCCGAGUACAGCAGGCGAGAGAAAGAAGGAGAGCUCGUGGCAGCCCGGACAGGGGAGAGAGACUACGGCCUCAAGUUGCAGCAUGUCAAAACCGAGGAGAGUGGAGCGUAUGUGUGUAGAGCGUGGCUUCAGGACCGAGGCCCGGACGGGGCCUUUACACAGCGAGCAACCCACGAAUCCCACUCCCAGCUGGUCGGCAUCUCAGCCUCAGAAAGUGGGCUCUCCGUUGAGAUGCAAAAUGCUAGCAGUGUUAACGAAGGCUUCCGCCUGGAGCUGAAGUGUAAAGUGCUCGGGGGCAAAGGUCAGCUAUCUGUCACCUGGCAACGCAAAUCAACACCCACGGCCAUCUUUGCCAGUGUCAUCAGUCUAAGUCAGGAGGGUGUUGCGGAGAAAGCCGAGGAGUUCAAGAGCCGCAAAGUCAACGCAAUGCGUCCAGCCCCCGACACCUUCACCUUAGAGCUUGAUGAAGUCAGGCCUUCAGAUUCAGGGGUCUACGAGUGUGCUGUGCAUGAAUGGAACAUCAAUACCAAGACCCACAGCAAGUCAGACAGCGCCACUGUGAAGGUGACUCCUGCAGAUUCUUUUGUUAAAGUCAAUCUCAUGAGUCGCAGCAAUACGGUGACUCAAGGCGAAACUCUGCACUUGAUGUGCCGGGUCGGAGGGCCGCGCCUACCAAUGACACUGACUUGGAGCCUGCAGCGGGACGCCUCAACCAUAGAUGACAUCCUGACACUGUACUCUGACGGUUCCAUCAGCUGGUCUGUAGAGCAGCAACGCUACCAGCUGAAAAUAGACACCAAAGGGAAUCAAGUCAUUUACUAUCUGAUCAUCAAUGGUGCGAGCCAUAAGGAUGCGGGAAACUACGAGUGUAGGGUGUCCGUCGUCUUGGAGAAGGUUCACAAGAAGCUGACUCCAUCCAACCGGCUGGCUGUUUCGGUGAAGAACCCAGAGAGCAAGCUUGUGCUGACCGCCACCGCUGCCUUGUCUGUAAAUGUCAACACGGGCAUAGAAAUGAAAUGCUCAGUCAUCUCCGAACCCGCCGCGUCCUCGCGCUACUCUGUCACCUGGCUGCUGCAGCAACCGGGAGAGAACAAGACCAUUGUGAUCUCGGACAGGGAUGCCCUAGUGACGUUCGGUCCGACGAUAGUGCCGAGCCACAGGGAGCGAGUCAGCGUGAAGCGCACCAAGGGCCCUAGUUUUGAGUUUAGCAUUCAGCGAGUUGAGAUCUCAGACGACGGCUCAUACACAUGCGAGGUGGUGGAGUGGCUGCCAGAUCCUCAUGGUGACUGGUACCAGCUCUCACCGGUGUCCAAAACGACACAGCUAACAGUCAAUGAGCCUGUCAAUGACCUUAGGUUGGACUACAUCCAGCAUCCGCCGGCAGCCAGAGAGGGAGACGAGGUGGAGCUGAAGUGUAACAUCAUUUCGGGUGCAUCCAGUUCUUUUUUCUACAAAGUUUCUUGGCUCUAUACUGCACAUGAUUCUUCCACCACAAAUGUCCUGGUGGAGCUAGACCACACGGGCCUGCUGAGUUACCCAAAGAACCAGGAGCUCGGAGACCUGCAGGGGCGACUUCGUCUCUCCAGACCCACUCGGAGCAGCUUCCCUCUGGGAAUUCAGAGGGCCCGUGAGGAGGAUGGUGGGACCUACCGGUGUGCGGUGGAGCAAUACCAGCUGGAUCAUGAAGGUCACUGGCAGAAAAAGGCCUCAAACAGGACAGGCCCCAUCCCGCUGACUGUUAAUGUUGCAGAAAAAAGCCUGUCCAUAGCAAAGGAAGACAAGCGGUUGAACAUAAGCCGAUCGCAGCAUUUCCAUAUUCCCUGUCACAUCACACACCAAUCCAGUAGUGAGUCUGAGUUCCAGGUCACAUGGUUUUGGCAGAAAGAGACAGAAACUGAAAAACGUCCCCUAUUCACAGCUUAUCGCAACUCCACCCUACACGACAGGUUUGGAAAGGGUGAUCAGCUAAGAUUUGGCCACCCUUUGCCAAACCAAUUCAGCCUUACAGUCUUGAAGCCAAGUCCUGAAGAUAGUGGCCUGUAUUUCUGUGAGGUAGAAGAGUGGCUCCCAUCUCUGUCUCGUGGGUGGAGGAAGCUUGCAGUGGAAAACUCAGGAUAUUUGACUCUUGAUGUCUAUGUAGAAGGAGGUGUCAAAGCCGCCUCUGAGCAACAAUGCCAGUGGCCAAUCUGGAUGGGGGUUCUCAUAGUUAUCGUCAUCUGCUCACUUUUGGUCAUAUUCCUACUAGUGGUGAUGAAAUGCAGACGCAAAGCCUCGGGAAGACAGAAGCCGGAUCAAAAUCUGUGGGCAGAGGAGCACCCACUGAAAGAAAAACCCAUUGCAGAUGACUGAACCUCAAAGACCAGGGGGGGAGCUGAGAGAAGAAGGGAAAGGAACGUUUUUUAUUUCAUAUGUGCCAUUUUUUUACAAGGUCAAAUUGCACAUAUAUAUUUUCACUAGGGCUGUCAAUAGAAAAAAUCAACUAAUUAAUUGCACAUUUCAAAAUUCAUUAAUCUUGAUUAAUGGCGAUAAUUGCUGUUGUUGCUGUUGUCGUUGUUUUUAAUGAAUGAAUGUUUUUUUUUU